GCCAGUGUGAAGAGCAGUUCAUACAUGUCCAUUAGAGACAACUGAGAAGGUUCACCGGCUUCUGUCAUCCCUUCCGAUACCUCCCACGCCAAAACCAGUCUUGUUAAUGGGUUGGUACCUAAUUCACCAGUUAGCCUACUUAAGCCGGCAGGCAAAACGGUGAUCAAACAGGACAGAUAUCCAUAAUAAUCGGAUGUUUAGGGUCAUUAUUAAACGGCACGCCUCGAAAAUAAAUUUCAGCGUGCCAAGAAUGGGUAAAUCGGAAAGCCAAAUGGAUAUAGUGGAGAAAUCAAGUAAACCGGGCAAGCGGCGGUGGAGCGCGGCCGAGGUGGGACUGUCCGUGCUGCUGCUGCUGGUCAGCUGCGCGCUGGCUGGACUGGUGGUGCUCUACGCGUCCGCGGUCAGAGAGCGAUCGAACAGAGGAGGCCUUCCCAGGAACUCGCUAAUUGACGGUGCGCUGUAUCGUCCCAGCAUUAACAAUGUGUGUACUACCGCAGACUGUGUCACUUCAGUCAAAACAAAUAUGCCAAGAUCCUGUAUUCCCUCUUGCUCACCUUCGUGCUGCCCAGCUGCUCGACUCCUUCAGAACAUGAAUCCCAAGGUGGAGCCUUGCCAAAACUUCUACCAGUAUGCCUGCGGGGGCUGGUUGGACAGACACGUGAUCCCAGAGACCAGCUCCCGGCAUAGCAUCUUUGACAUCCUGAGGGACGAGUUGGAGAUUGUGCUGAAGGGGGUUCUGGAAACCCAGAGUGACCUGGACCGAGAGGCCUUCAAAAAAGCGAAGACCCUGUACAUUUCCUGCAUGAACGAGAGCCUAAUUGAGCAGCGUGAUUCCCAGCCUCUGCUGAAGCUUAUUGACUCCAUUGGGGACUGGCCUGUGGCCUCAGAGGACUGGAACAGCACAGGAGGUGAGCCGUGGAGUCUGGAAGACACCUUAGCCAUCCUCAAUGCUCGCUUCCACAAGAAGGUUCUGGUGGACCUGUUUGUGUGGACGGACGAUCGUGAUUCCAGCCGACACAUCAUCUAUAUCGAUCAACCUGGGCUAGGGAUGCCGUCAAGGGAUUAUUACUUCAAUGAUGGAAACUACAAAAAGGUACGAGAGGCCUACUUUAAGUUUAUGGUGUCCAUGGCGAAGAUUGCCAGGGAGGACAGGAACCUGACGCAGGAUGAUGAACAUGUCUGGGAGGAGAUGACACUGGUGAUGGAGCUGGAGACAGACAUUGCUAAUGCCACGUCCCCCUCUGAAGAGCGACAGGAUGUCACAUUGCUCUACAACAAGAUGACUCUUAGUGAGGUGCAGGAGACCUUCAACCUGAAUGGCUUCAACUGGACUCGGUUUGUGCGGAGUGUGCUUUCCAGUGUGGGCAUCGACGUGCAACCGGAGGAGGAGCUGGUGGUGUAUGGCUUCCCCUACCUGCAGAAGCUGAGCAAUGUCCUUGUGAAGCAUGACACAAGAACUCUCCAGAACUACCUCACUUGGCAGCUCAUUAUUGAACGGGUUAGCAGCCUGAGUCGGCGUUUCAAGGAGGCGCGAGCGCACUACAGGAAGGUACUGUAUGGCACGACGGUUGAGGAGGCACGCUGGCGAGACUGUGUGCGCUACGUGCAGAGCAGCAUGGAGAAUGCGGUGGGGGCCCUCUAUGUCCGCGAGACCUUCGCUGGGGAGAGCAAACGCAUGGUAAAGGACCUGAUCAGCAAGGUUCAGGAAGCCUAUGUGGAGACACUUGAAGAGCUGACCUGGAUGGAUGCACAAUCAAAGGAGAAGGCCAGAGAGAAGGCUCUCUCUAUCAAGGAACAGAUAGGAUACCCUGACCACAUCCUGGAGGAAGGAAAUCAGAAGUUGGACCAGGAGUAUGCUCAUCUGAACUUCAGUGAGGAAAACUACUUUGAGAACAUUCUGGAGAACCUGCGCGCCGGGGCACAGAAGAGUCUGAGGAAGCUGAGAGAACCAGUGGAUCCUGACUUAUGGAUCAUUGGAGCUGCAGUUGUCAAUGCUUUCUACUCUCCUAACAGAAACCAGAUAGUUUUCCCUGCAGGGAUCCUACAGCCCCCGUUUUUCAGUAAACACCAGCUCCAGGCCCUCAACUUUGGUGGGAUAGGAAUGGUUAUUGGACAUGAGAUCACCCACGGCUUUGAUGAUAACGGGCGGAACUUCGACAAAGACGGCAACAUGAACAACUGGUGGAGUAACUAUUCAGCAGAGCAUUUCAAGGAGCAAUCACAGUGCAUGGUUCAGCAGUAUGGGAACUUCUGCUGGAAGCUUGCAGGGGGUCAGAAUGUCAGUGGCAUCAGCACAUUGGGGGAAAACAUAGCAGACAAUGGGGGCAUCCGGCAAGCAUACAAGGCAUACAUGAAGUGGGCGGAGAGAGAGGGGGAGGAGCCACUACUUCCAGGCUUAGAGCUGGACCACAAGCAGCUCUUCUUCCUCAACUUUGCCCAGGUGUGGUGCGGCUCCUAUCGCCCUGAAUAUGCCAGCCAAUCUAUCAAGACGGAUUCACAUAGCCCCCUAGAGUACAGAGUCAUGGGUUCCCUGCAAAACUUUGAUGCUUUUUCAGAGGCAUUUCACUGCAAGCAAGGCAGCCCCAUGAACCCUCCGGUAAAGUGCCGGGUGUGGUAGCCAGGGAAGGGUGGUGAUGGUGGUGUAGGUGGGGGGGGUUUAUCUGUUUGAUGGUGCACCCGCACAUGGCCUGACACCAUCACACAGCACUGGUAAACAAUGCAAAUGUGGAUGUUUACUGUCUGUUUAAAUUCUUAAGACCGGGGCUGGCAGCACCCUGCAUAUCUGCAGCUGAGGCUGAAGGGACAGAAAACGCCUAACUGGUUGUUAGCAUAACCAGUCCUGCUGCCGGCUGCUGAGAUGUGUACCCCAAUUAGCAACAUCCCCCUCCCCCUUUCUCAGAAGGGUUCUUAGUGUAGGCGGAAUGCAUCAAUAGUGCACAUACGUAAAUAGUAUCCGUGCUCCAUCCUCUAAAUAAGCCCUCCUUCAACCUUAAGAAGCCUUACCAGACUUUUGCUGAUUAAAACAUUUGGUAAUAGAUGACUUUUUGAACAAAAAAAUGGAGAAAAAAACAAAACCGACUGACUCAAGUUAGCUUAAAAUAGUGUUUCCCAACCCGGUCCUCAG